AAAAGCUAGAGGUAUUUAUAGAUAGAAGACCGCCCAAAGAGUACUCCCAAAACCUCCCGAAGCCCCUGGCUGCCGAACUCGCCGCCACCGCCGCUGUGUUGCUACGAAUCAGCAGGAGGGAGUGGCAGCCAUGAGUUUUAGGAACGUCAAAGUCCCGAACAUCCCCGGCUCGGGGGCAUCGGCGGCGCUGGUGAAGGUCGCGCUCAUCGGUGGCACCGUCGUCUAUGCUGCUCUCAAUAGCAUCUAUAAUGUCGAUGGCGGUCAUCGUGCGAUCGUCUUCAAUCGCAUCGAGGGCAUCAAGGACAAGGUCUAUCCCGAGGGAACACAUUUGAUGAUUCCAUGGUUUGAAAGGCCGAUCAUUUAUGAUGUCCGUGCCCGUCCGAAUCUUGUAGAGAGUACUUCUGGGAGCCGUGAUCUUCAAAUGGUGAAAAUUGGGCUUAGGGUUCUUACUCGGCCCCUUCCUGACCAGCUGCCCACCAUCUACCGAAGUCUUGGGGAGAACUACAAUGAAAGGGUCCUUCCUUCCAUUAUUCAUGAAACUUUGAAGGCUGUGGUUGCCCAAUACAAUGCUAGCCAACUGAUCACACAAAGAGAGGCUGUGAGUCGGGAAAUACGAAAGAUCUUGACCGAGAGAGCUAGAAAUUUCAACAUUGCUUUGGAUGAUGUUUCAAUCACAAGCUUGAGCUUUGGGAAGGAGUUUACUAAUGCAAUCGAAGCUAAGCAAGUUGCUGCUCAGGAGGCAGAGCGUGCUAAGUUCAUUGUUGAAAAAGCAGAGCAAGAUAAGAAAAGUGCUGUAAUAAGAGCACAGGGUGAGGCUAAGAGUGCACAGCUUAUAGGUCAAGCAAUUGCAAACAACCCGGCAUUUCUUGCUCUAAGACAGAUUGAAGCUGCACGUGAAAUAGCUCAUACAAUUGCAAAUUCAUCCAACCGUGUCUUCUUGCAGUCCAAUGAUCUACUGCUGAACCUACAGGAGCUGAAUUUUGAAGGCACAACCAAACUGAAGAAAUGAGAAUCAUGAUCUCCUCCUGUUUCUUCAGGAGAACGAAAAAAAACUCCAAAGAGAAUAAUUCCUGCUUUGAAAGGGUCGAUCAAUUCUGCAUUUUUUGAUUUAGAAAAAAAAUCAGAAGUCAUCGAUUGAAGCGGGACUCAAACUGUAACUGCUGAACUUUACCAUUUGACUUGCAUGUUUGUUUGUUACAUUCUCCUCUACCAUCCUUUGAAACUUUGCAAGGUUUUUGUGAGCUUCACUGCUCUGUCCAGAGAUUCCUUAUUCGUA